GACUGCAGAGAUAAACAUUUCCCAUCGUCUGGCUUUUGAGUUUGGGGAGAUGAACAGACAGAAAAAGCCUCAGCUCUUCUUCCAUUUCACAGACGUUUAUAUCCUCUUGUUUCUUCCAGUCGCCUCUGACACAAUUCUGAGGGACACUGGGCAUUUCUUGAGUCAACAUGGGCAACGAGAACAGCACCUCGGACAACCAGGAAGAUGCCAACUUGCAUAACGUCAUCCUGUGGCCUCCAAACCCUGAAAACCUGCAGAGAACAUCAUUAACUCAAAGUCCAAGGUCUGUGCAACCACCUGGGAACGGUCAGAAGAGGAAGCAGCAGGACACACCUGGAAACCCUGACAGUGGAGAUUUGUCCAGCGCUGGGCUCAGAGGCUCCUGCACCGCUUCUGAGAGAUGCCCAGAUCCGAGUGUCGUGUUCCCAGAGCUGGCUGAGCCGAGAAAGCACCCACAGGGAGCCAGAGGGCCAGAAGGUUCUUCACUGUCCAGCCCACUGGGGAGCCCACCCUUGGAGCAGGAGUGCCCCUCGUCCUCCAUGCCCUUUGCCGAGUGCCUCCCAGUGGUGGCACCUGAAGAUGGUCCUCACACUCAGCACCCCGGGAGGGAACCUUCUCCAAAUGCCCUGAGGGAUGCUCAGGCAGCAUUUCUGGCUGAGGGGGACAGCUCUACUCAGCAGUGUGUGGUUGCCGAUGUCCCUGGUGCCAGAAGAGACACAGAGCUGAAGGAAGAGGAACAGAACUCCCCCUUCCCCAGCUACAAGGACCAGUUGUUUGGAAUGUCACCAGACCCACCGCGAGAGCUGGUGAUGGCACAGCCGUGUGGAGAGGGUGACCAGCCUGGUGGUUUCAAGUCCUCAGGGACAGAGGCUGCAGGUGGCUCUCCCCCUCUAAAGCCCAGGCAGGGGGUGGCUGCUGUACAAGUGGCCCCUGAGGCCCCUGCUGUGCCCCAGCAGGCCAAGGAGUACUCAGCUGUUCUGAAGGAGUCCUCCCCCACACCCCAGACCCUGAUCCCACAAGAUCCUGCCCCAAGUACCGCAGACAGAGAAAAGUGCCAAGGGGAGCUACAACCUCAGCAAUUAGCUGAUGACUUGGAAUCCUGCAGGGCCUGCCAUCCUGUGAGGAGCAAUUCAGGGACUGCCCAAGAAGCUGACUUGACUGCAGCUUCCCGAGAGAGCUGCCAGCAGAAAAUGGGGGCCCAUCUGCCCCACGAAGAGUCGCCCCACCGGGACUCACCGAGCCCUGCUCUUGCACUGGGUGCCAGCGGCUCCUGGGAGGGGACUCUGGAUGCCAGUGAUGUUCAGGGUCAAUUGCAGCCAGAGACGCCAGGAACCGAGCCCAGUCAAGUUGUCUGUGCAGCAGCAGACGGCCAGCCCUGUGGGGGCCUGCUUGCUUGCACUGAGCCCUCUGUACCAGCUCCCACAGCAGAGACGCAUCCCGCUUCAAGCCUCACUUCACAUCCAGCUGCUCGGAUUUCUGCUGCCACAGAAGAGCCCAGCUGGUUGGCCAGGGAGGUAGUUUCUGGAGCUGAGAUGCCAGUUUCUGCAGAUCCAGCCAAAGAGCUGCCAGAUACAAGGUUGGCAGGACUGGCGAAGUAUGUAUCAGAUCUUGGAAGCAAAGAAGAGCCAGCAGAAGGGAGCCCUGGAGAGGUCCCUGACCCUUCACCCCAGGAGGAGGGAGAACUCUCAAACAGGGAGGAAAGCCAUAGAAUCCCCCAAGGGGUGCCACCUCCCCCUACUCCCAGUGCAGCAAACAAAGGUGCCAGAAGGUCACUAGGGCCAAAGGAUGGUGCAAAGAUCCCUGAAGAGGCCCAAAGCCCAGGUGAAGCUAAAGAGGGAGGCAGAUCACCUGCAGGUGAUGCUAGGGGACAGGAAGAAGCCACAGAGCCACCUGACCAUACAGACCCUGGGAAGUUGCUGGGAGAGGACUCUCAGGCCACCAGCCGCCUGCCUGAUCUGAAGGUGGACAAAGAUGAGGUCUCAGAGCUGAGCAGGGAUGCAGAGGGCACAGUCCUCUCCAGCUCAGACUCAGUACAGACACCCAGAAAUGGGGAUGCCCGGCAUGCAGAUAGGCGCAACUCUGGGUCAGCAGAGGCAGCAGGGCAGGUGAUGGCCAAUGCAUCUUUCUUACUAUGCAAGCCCCAUGAGGGGGGCCCCAUCCUGCCCCCGAUGCUGGAUGAAGCCGGGGAACCCACUGUUCCCCAAGGAGCCAUGUGGGAGGGGCCCGAAAGUCCUGACAACUCUCAGAACAGAGAAGGAUUGGGAAGAAUGGAGCCUCCUCCUACUUCAGAACUGGAGAAAUCAGAUGUCCUGUCACAUCCUGCUGCAGAGGUUGGACCCAAAGCCCAGGAGGCAGAGAGCACAUCAGAAAUAAAGAGGCCUGGCAGCUGUGGUGGGGAGGGCUUGCUGACACCCCCAGCUCAACCCAGUGGGCUGGGGCGUGAUACAGGUGGACAGGAAGUUCACACUGAUGUGAACUUGGCAGUGGACCUUGGGCCCACAAGGCUCAGCCUGGAACAAGAUUGGCAGGAAAACCCAUCUUGCCUAGGGGACGGGAUGAGAGGAGCUGCAGCCGAGAGGUCUUCACUACCUCCUGAGAACUGUCUCCAGCCACCCCCGUCAGCCCCAGAGGCAGCUGGCUUCCAGAUGCUCAGGGAGACGGCCCAGCCACCUGAAAGGGGGAAUGAUACUUAUGCAAGUGAUCUAGGCUUUAGAGACCAGGGAGCGGAUUCUUCCCUAGUCCAAGUACCUGUGGGAUCUCAGGAGGACAUGCACUUGACCGCUUGUGGAGGACUGGAGCAGACUUGGGGGUCAGAACUUCAAAGUGAACUCCCUAGAGACAGUCUGUCAGAUGUUCCGAGUUCAUCUCCCAGAGAUACAGUUCUGGAAAGUUCUUUGACAGAGGAUUCAGAAUCGUCAGCACCGAUAAGGCAGAAUUUGCCUGCACCAGGGGAGAAUGGGCAAGCAGGAGAUGGCCAGUCCCUGAGGGUCUUGCCUCCUGCAGCAGAUGCCUUGAAAGGCUCUUCUGCAGGGAGCCCAAGCAGAAAGGAAACUUGUUGCACUGGGCAGGAGCCGGACAAGUCCCCACAGGUGCCGGGGGAUGCUUUGAAACCAGGCGGCCAGCAUGAAGAAGCAUGUCGAAGGGACGCAGGAGCUUCUGAAGUAGCUGACGCUUGGCCCCCACUCCAGGUCUUGAGUAAAAGGGAGAUGACAAGUAGGAACACAGUGGAGGCUCCGCCUGACUCAGUAGCUCUCCUGGACACAGCAGCGCCUGCCAGCCCUGUCAUCACACCCACUGAGGAUGCCCUAGAGAGACAGGCGUGUGAUGAAACCCAGGAAGGCGGGCCGCAGAGGGUGGAGUGCCCUGCCUCCUCUGGUGCAGUGGCUGCAAAGCUUCCUGGAAGUUUCCCAUCAGCCGGGGAGCAAGGUGGCGAGGGUGGGCCUGCUGAGACAGGUGGGAACUCAGAUGAAGGACACCCCGGGAUGCAGAAGGCUCCUGAAGAAGUAGAAGCUGCUCUGAGUGGUGGCUUCUUUCAGACUGAGACCUGCCUUACCCCUGGAGAGGAAGCUUCUAGCUCUGCCCCAGGUGAGCCUUGUGAAGCUGAGCAGCCCACGGCCAGCUGCCAGGAUGCCUCAUUGCCGGGCACACAGCUGGGAAGGAUUCCUAGAAGCACUGUGGAUAUUUCUACACACCAGGCUGCUCCAGAUCCACAGAGGCUCCUGACACUCGGACCCCCUGAAGAGGCUGCUCCUGACACCCUGUACCUGCAUAUUGGUGAUGAUGCUGCCCAGAAGGGAGCAGGUGACGGUGGAGUGAAAGCUGCUUCCUCUGCCGGGCUCAGAGCUCCUGGUGAAAGCCUCCGUCCCACAGGGGAGCCCCUGCUUUCCUCAGAAAACGCCCCCUCUGUGAAGCUGCCUGCUGGCCCCCUCGCCUAUCUCUCCCAGUCAGGAGCUGCAGGUGGGGAAAGCCUUGCAGUGCAAGCCAGCAGCGGAAGCCCCAGAGCUUCCGAUGAACGUGUGGACUCUGGGCCUCACCUGGACAGGCUGCUGCUUCUGGCCAAAGGUGAACAGACAGCAGGCGAGGAGGAAGCAUCCACAGCUCCGGGUGCAGGCACCAAGCCGGGUGAGAGUCCAGCGUGCCCAGCCGGUGUGGAGGGCUUGGCGGGUGAUGUAGCAGGAGAGCCUUUCCAGGAUCAGCAGAGCAGUGCAUCAGGUGGUGUGGACGCCAGCUCCAAGCCAAGCCCUGGCGCCCUCUUUGGCUUCCCUGACUUCAGGGAGCACAUCGCCAAGAUCUUUGAGAAGCCUGUGCUGGCCACCCUGAGCACACCUGGAGAAAAGGCAGGCACCGGGAGGAGUGUGGUGGGCAAGGACCUACCUGUGCCACUGAGCCCAGACAAACUUCUAGGUGGGCCCCAGGCAGUGGGUGUCACCUCUCUCCCUGUGCCACCUGCUGGGCUCUGGGUAGAGAAGAAGCAAGAGCUGGCCGUGGAGGCUGAGGUUGCUCCAGACACGCUGCCGGGUCUGGUGGGGCUGCCCUCGGAGCUGAACCUGCCUGGCGUUAGUGUGGGGAAGGAGAUGGCGCACAUCCCACAGAUAGUGAGGGGAGGUGACAGGUCAGAGGGUGCCGGAGAAGCCUGGCCAGGCCUGGGAGGCCAGGCCCACUCCCAGGAGGGCAGAGGUGGGCAGGAACUAGCUUCAGGUCUUGUCUCAGAGGCAGCUCCUCAGGAAGCUGCUAAUGUCCAGGGGCCUCCUGGGAGCCACAAAGAGGAGACCUUGGCCCAAGACAGGAUUCCUUCCGGAAAACAGCCCCAGGAAACAUCUGCCCGCUGUACUCCACAGAGAGAAGACGGCAGCAAGGACUCUGCUCACACAGGGGGUCCGGGUGAUGUGCCAGGACUUGCCUGUGCCCAGGAAGCCUCUUCUCCUCAUAGGGAGGUUCUGGUUGUGCCCAAGGCCGACGAUGAGCCCUCGACUCCAGACUCCGUUGGGAGUGAGAAGAGUGCUGGGGCUGCUCUCAACAUCUUGGAAAUGCAAAACGCCCCGGGGGACCAGAGCACCCCUAAGCCACUGGCUAGAGAAGUUUCCCACAUGCUCAUGGAGCCUAGCAAGGUGGCAGGAGCCUCUGGGGAAGCAGAGGGUGAUGUCACAUUGAGCACAGCUGAGACAGGGGCACGUGAGCUGGAUGACCCACCUGAAGCAGGUACUACAAGGGUGCUCUUGGUCGCCGCCUGUGACUCGGCACCACCGGGGAGCUGUCCAGACCCAGGUUGCUCCAACAGGGCUCCAGCGAUGGAGGGUGCAGGCACCCUUUGUGGGGACAGCCCAGCCAGGCACCCACAGGCUGAGGAGCAGCUGGGGCUUGAGUGCCCUGCUCCGGUCAGAGCACCUCCAGAACCUGACGCAACUCAGGACCCACCGCUGCAAUCCCUGGCUCCAGAAGAGCUUCACGCUGACAGAAAGAUCCCUGGGCCUGGCCCAUCCACCUCACCUUCAGUUUCUGAGAACGGUGCUCCAGGAGUCACAAGUGAAGUCCCUUCUGAGGAGGCCCGAGGUACAGAAGGACCAGAAAGUUCACCUGUAGCCGAUGAUGUCAUCCCGCUUGCUGCUCCCACAGACUUGGACAGCUGGCCCUUAGCUGUGCCUUCCUACCACGGUGACGUUGUCGGCCUGGUCUCUAGGGAUCUGACAACCCAAAGCACCUCCCCAGCUGCCACCCGUGUGGGUCCUGCUCCCUCAGCCACAGAGCACACAGCUUCUUUGCCUCCCGCGCCAGCUGGUGAUGGAGUAGAAACUUCCACUCCCUCCUGCCAAGAUCUGGCCAAGGAUGUGAGCAGGAGUUCUGACUCUGAAGAAGCAUUUGAGACCCCGGAGUCAACGACUCCUGUCAAAGCUCCACCGGCCCCACCCCCCUCACCCCCUGAAGUCAUCCCAGAAUCCGAGGUCAGCGCACAGCUACCCCCAGAAGAACCAGGAUGCAGUCCUGAGACCGCUUCCAUCCCUGAUGGCCCCCGGAGUGACUCGGUGGAAGGAAGUCCUUUUCGUCCUCCGUCACAUUCCUUCUCUGCCGUCUUCGAUGAAGACAAGCCAAUAGCUAGCAGCGGGACGUACAACUUAGACUUUGACAACAUCGAGCUGGUGGAUAACUUUCAGACCUCGGAACCGCGCAGUGCAGAUGCUAAAAAUCAGGAGUGCAAGGUGAGCACACGGAGGAAGUCCACGGAUUCUGUCCUGGUCUCCAAGUCUACGCUGUCCCGCUCUCUCAGCCUGCAAGCCAGCGACUUUGAUGGUGCUUCUUGCUCAGGCAGCCCCGAGGCCGCGGCCCUAGCACCGGAUGCCUGCAGCACGGGCUCCAGCAGUGCUUCCAGCACCCUUAAGCGAACUAAAAAGCCGAGGCCACCUUCCUUAAAAAAGAAACAAACCACUAAGAAACCCACAGAAACCCCUCCAGUGAAGGAGACUCCACAAGAGCCAGCCAAAGAGAGUCCUGUCCCCAGCGACGAGAGUCUGUCAGCUGAAACAAAAACAGAAUCGGUCAAGACGGAAGGUUCUGGCCCAGCCUUAUUGGAGGAGACACCACUGGAGCCUGCCGCCGUGCCCAUAGCUGCCUGCCCCCUAGACUCAGAGAGUGCAGAGGAGGCCGUCCCCCCAGCUUCCGGAGGUGGCAGAGUGCAGAACUCACCCCCCGUCGGGAGGAAAACGCUGCCUCUUAGCACGGCCCCAGAAGCAGUGGAGGUGACCCCAUCAGAUAGCGGGGGACAGGAGGACUCCUCAGCCAAGGGGCUGUCAGUGAGGCUGGAGUUUGACUAUUCUGAGGACAAGGGUAGUUGGGACAACCAGCAGGAAAACACCCCUCCUACCAAAAAGGCAGGCAAAAAGCCACUGGCCAAAAUGCCUCUGAGGAGGCCGAAGCUGAAAAAGACCCCUGAGAAACUUGACAGCACUCCUGCCUCACCUCCCAGGUCCCCCGCUGAGCCCAAUGACAUCCCGAUUGCUAAAGGUACCUACACCUUCGAUAUUGACAAGUGGGAUGACCCUAAUUUUAACCCUUUUUCUUCCACUUCCAAGAUCCAGGAGUCUCCCAAACUGCCCCAACAAUCAUACAACUUUGACCCAGAUGCCUGUGAUGAGUCCGUUGACCCCUUUAAGACAUCCUCUAAGACCCCCAGCUCACCCUCUAAGUCCCCAGCUUCCUUUGAGAUCCCGGCCAGUGCUAUCGAAAGCAACGGAGUGGAUGGGGAUGGGCUAAACAAGCCUGCUAAGAAGAAGAAGACGCCCCUAAAGACGAUGGUUGAAGAUGUGAUGUCUGUAUGUUCUCUGUUUGACACCUUUAGGGUGAAAAAGUCGCCAAAACGGUCUCCUCUCUCUGAUCCGCCUUCUCAGGACCUUACCCCAGCCACUACACCAGAAACACCACCAGUCAUCUCUGCAGUGGUCCAUGCAACAGACGAGGAAAAGCUGGCGGUCACCAACCAGAAGUGGACGUGCAUGACAGUGGACUUGGAGGCUGACAAACAGGACUACCCACAGCCCUCGGACCUGUCCACCUUUGUAAAUGAGACCAAAUUCAAUUCACCCACGGAAGAGUUGGAUGAUUACAGAAACGCCUAUGAAAUCGAAUAUAUGGAAAAAAUCGGCUCCUCCUUACCUCAGGACGAUGAUGCCCCGAAGAAGCAGGCCUUGUACCUUAUGUUCGACACCUCUCAGGAGAGCCCCGUCAAGUCUUCUCCUGUCCAUAUGUCGGAGUCCCCAACGCCAUGUUCAGGAUCAAGCUUUGAAGAAACUGAAGCCCUUGUGAAUGCCACAGCAAAAAUCCAGCAUCCUGUCACACGAGGAUUGCCCCCCAACCAAGAGCCACACUUGCAGGUGCCAGAGAAAUCCUCCCAGAAGGAGCUGGAGGCCAUGGCCUUGGGCACCUCCUCAGAGGCAAUUGAAAUUACGGCUCCCGAGGGCUCCUUUGCCUCUGCUGACGCCCUCCUCAGCAGGCUAGCUCACCCUGCCUCCCUCUGUGGUGCACUUGACUAUCUGGAGCCUGACUUAGCAGAAAAGAACCCCCCAGUAUUCGCUCAGAAACUUCAGGAGGAGUUAGAGUUUGCCGUCAUGCGGAUAGAAGCCCUGAAGCUGGCCAGGCAGAUUGCGCUGGCCGCCCGCAGCCGCCAGGAUGCCAAGAGAGAGGCGGCUCACCCAACAGAUGUCUCCAUCUCCAAAACAGCCUUGUACUCCCGCAUCGGGACCGCUGAGGUGGAGAAACCUGCCGGCCUUCUGUUCCAGCAGCCCGACUUGGACUCCGCACUCCAGAUGGCCAGAGCAGAGAUCAUAACCAAGGAGAGAGAGGUGACAGAGUGGAAAGAUAAAUAUGAAGAAAGCAGGCGGGAAGUGAUGGAAAUGAGGAAAAUAGUGGCUGAAUAUGAGAAGACCAUCGCUCAGAUGAUAGAGGACGAGCAGAGAGAGAAGUCAGUCUCCCUCCAAACCGUGCAGCAGCUGGUACUGGAGAAGGAGCAAGCCCUGGCCGAUCUGAACUCAGUGGAGAAGUCUCUGGCUGACCUGUUCAGGAGGUACGAGAAGAUGAAGGAGGUCCUGGAGGGCUUCCGCAAGAAUGAAGAGGUGCUAAAGAGAUGUGCGCAGGAGUACCUGUCGCGCGUGAAGAAAGAAGAGCAGAGGUACCAGGCCCUGAAAGUGCAUGCGGAGGAGAAGCUGGACAGGGCCAACGCUGAGAUCGCCCAGGUUCGCGGCAAGGCCCAGCAGGAGCAGGCUGCCCACCAGGCCAGCCUGCGGAGGGAGCAGCUGCGCGUGGACGCCCUGGAGAGGACACUGGAGCAGAAGAACAAAGAGAUAGAAGAGCUCACUAAGAUUUGCGAUGAACUGAUUGCCAAAAUGGGGAAAAGCUAACUCUGAACCAAAUACUUGGACUUGACCGUUGCGUGCAAUAUGAGCGUCGGCACACUGCUGUUCCUCCCAUCACAUGGACAGGCUCUGUUUUCACUUUUUCGUAUGCACUACUGUAUUUCCUUCCCGAAUAAAGUUGAUUUGAUUGUAUGCAGUACAAAGGAGACUGUCAGAACUUCUUGCUAUUGGUUUGCAUUUUCCUAGUAUAAUUCAUAGCAAGUUGACCUCAGAGUUCCUGUAUCAGGGAGAUUGUCUGAUUCUCUAAUAAAAGACAAAUUGCUGACCGUGGCCUUGCCCUUUGUACACAAGUUCCCAGGGUGAGCAGCUUUCGGAUUUCAUAUGAACAUGUACAGCGUGCAUAGGGACUCUUGCCUUAAGGAGUGUAAACUUGAUCUGCAUUUGCUGAUUUGUUUUUAAAAAAAAAAUGCAUGUUUGAAAUAAAAUUCUCUAUUGUAAAUAAAUUUUUUUCUUUGGAUCUUGGCAA